CGCUUGGUGAUAUUUUUGAUAAUGUUUGAAGAAAAUAAGAAUGGACUUGAGUCAUGUUUUUUUGUUGUGUUGCUUUUGCAUUGAUAAAGAUGUUCAAUUGGUUCAUUGAUAUCUUGGCAUUGAUCACAAGUUAUAGCGGUUCAACUGCAUUUUCUAUUCACCCAAGCGCUAAAACCCAUAGCCAAGCCUAUAGCUGCAAAAAGAGCUUCUCGCGCAAUACUUUGGGUCAAAGUAAUCAAGGUUUACCAUAGUUUAUUAUCUUCGGUCUAAUGGUUUCAUGAACCUUGUUACUA